ACGUUUCCAAGGUGUUGGAUAACGAUACAAACAUGACCCACUUGAAACCUUCGUGUACAAAAGUUAAACAGUUAAAACACGGUCUCUCAAUUUUUUAUUAAUCUCUAUUGGUAGAAAUGGCCGAGGAGGAGAACUCGUGGGUUUUCGAUUCCCUCGUGUGUUUUUUAAAAGGUCCCAUAUGGGAUGCACCAAUUCAAAAUUUCAUAGAAGAAAAGUCUCUGAUUUUUGAACCGAAUAACGUCGAAAAUGAAGAUGAUUACCAUAAGAUUUUUGAUGAAUACAAAAACUUGGUUGACUUUAUGCUGGGAAAUUUUAUGGAAGACAUUGGUAUUACUCCAGCACAAUUCGAAUAUGCUUGUUUUAAAAGUCGGCAACAUCAUCAUUCCCUCAGAUUUGACCAAAGUACUUUUGAGCAAAUAUGGGCAGCAAAUAACUACAAUAUGUUCAAACGAAUGAUGACACAGAGAAACGUGGAACUUCAGCUUCAAGCUUUAGAACUGAUCGAGAAAAAAUAUGGCAUCUUACCCCAGUCAUUUGUUCCUUCCAAAAAGGAAACCGAUGUUCACAUUGAAAGCCUACCACAGGAAACUCCAUCAAUUUCUGGUAAAACAAAAGAUAUCGAGAAGGUCAUAUUGAACGAAGUUGCCAAGAAAUUUGUGGAAGAGGAACCUUCAGAAGCACCAGAAAUUAAAUCACUUCUGGAAGAAAAAGAAAUUUUAGAAAGUACAAGAGAUAAAAUUUCAUCAGAACACCCUGAAACAGAGGACGUUGAAGCAGUGGUUACCCAGAAAGAGGAUAUAGCGUUACCUGAAACCACACAGAUCAAAAAAGAUGAACUUCAAGAUGCAAACAAGGAAACUAGAGUUGAAAAAAUCAAAGAGCAAGAUGUGGCAGUUAGUGCUCAAAGAAACCUUGUUCAACCAGAGAAAUAUGAAAUCAAAUCAUCAAGUGUUAAACAAGUCGAUCAACUUGAACUAAAGAAAAGACAGGAAUAUUUGAGGAAACAGAGAGAUAAAUUAGUUGCGUUGAAAAAGGAAGAACGAAAAAAGCAGUUCGGGAAUGCAGAUAAUGAAAAUGUGAUGAAAAAGACAAGACCAAAGUCUGCGAAGGCAGCAGAAGCAGUAUUGACUGGAGAACAGGCAUUCAUUCCUUCUCAACAGUUACAGUUACGUAAAGCUUUGGCAGAACGGCUUAAAAUGGAGGUUGUAGAUAAGAACAGGAAAUAGUUCCACUUGUUAUUUUUUUAUUUUAAAUUUAUAUUAUAUAUGUGGAUAAUUUUAUUUUUUUUU